AAGCCAGUACCACGGUACCACGUUGCCUGCAGUCUCCAUGGGGGAGGGAGAGAAAAUUAAGGCACGUGCCAAACCGUCAAGGCCACGUGCCAAACCAAGGCCACAAGCAACGCUCUUUCACAAAAUGGCGGAUGGUAAGAGCACUUCAUGUGACGUCUCUGAAAGAUGUUUAACGUACAAAAAUGUUGACUUUCUUCUGCUCCAUUACAUGAUUCGAUAUAUAAGAAACAAAUAUGAUGAAAAAGACAAUCCUCAAGGCAUUAUCAACAUGGGUACAAGUGAAAACAAGAUAAUAGCUGACUUGGUAUCUGCAAAGCUUAAUGAAUGUAACACAUUUAAAGAAGAACAUUCACAUUAUGGUGAUUUUAAGGGGAUGAAAAGAUUUCGCACAAGUUUGGCGGCAUUUUUCGAGCGCUACAUGAAACCAUUGGAACGAAUUGAUCCUAAUCAUAUAACUGUUUUUAACGGUGCUGCUUCUUUGGUUAAAACUGUUUGUGCUUCCAUUUGCGAUCGAAAAGAGGCGAUUCUUAUUCCUACGCCUUACUAUGGAGGAUUUGAUGAAGAUGUUUGCCUUGAAAAUGAAAUUGUACUAUUUCCUGUUUAUUUGUCAAGUGAGCCUGAUCCUGAGACUAAAAUGCCAUUUGAACUUACAAUGGAUGACUUGGAAAAUGCUCUUGCUAAGGCAAAGAAGCAGGGUCUCACCGUUCGUGGACUUCUCAUUUGCAAUCCCAACAAUCCUUUGGGUACUGUGUACACAGAAAAACAAGUUCUAGCUUGUCUCGAAUUUACACAGCGUCACUCCUUGCAUCUUAUUUCGGAUGAACUUUACUGUUUGUCGAUUUUCGAAGAAGGUGUUAAUAUGACGUCUGCAGUUUCUGUAAAAGGAUCUCUUGAUCCUCAUCGUUUGCAUAUCAUUUGGGGAUUUAGUAAGGACUUUGGUCUCUCGGGAAUCCGAGUUGCUGUCAUGUAUUCUCGGAAUAAAGACAUUUUGGCAUCAUUAACAAAUAUCGCAAUAUUUUAUUCUACUCCCCUUUACAUUCAGGAAAUGCUCAAUCAUAUGAUAUCAGAUUAUGAUUGGCUGGAUAAUGUCUUAAUUCCAACAAAUAUAAAGCGACUUCGACAAUGCCACGCUGUCGUCACAACGGCGUUGAAAACGCUAAAUAUACCUAUGUUGCCUAGCUGCUCUGGUCUCUAUAUAUGGAUUGAUCUACGUGAAUAUCUAAAACCAUUGACUUUCGAAAGGGAGAAAUACGUUGCCGAAUUGAUGAUGGAGAAUGGUGUUUACAUAAAUGCGGGCAGUUUGUUCAAAUGGGAACCUGGUUGGUUUCGGGUAGUUUUGCUAGUGAUCUUGGCAUGAUCAGGAAAGGAAUUGGGAGAGUUCUGGAAACUUUAAAGAAAAUACAAAACGAUAAUGUGAACUGUAAAUUGUGAGGAGAUAUAUAAUUCAAUUUGUUUCAAAACAAAGUAGCUAGAACCUGAGGUUUUAGUGCUUUAGUUUCAGUUUUAUGUUAUAAAAAAUUACGACACUAACAUUAAUACUGAAAUAUGUCGUGGUUGUCGUAAUAAUGUAUGAGAAAUAUUAUACUGUAGAUGGUCGCAUAAGAUGAAUUUUAAUAAAACUUUUAUGGAAGAAAAA